GAAGGUCGCAUGCGCAGGGAAGUUGCCGGCUCCUUGCCGGCAGGCACUUGGAAGCAAACAGCUCGGCUGCUCUCAUGGUGCGCUUUCCGAGCGGGGACGGUGCAGCUGCAGAUCCCGUUAGUGCCGGCCAAGGCGUAUGGAGCGAGCCGAGCCAGGAGCUUUACGACGGUGGCGGCGAAGAAAAUGCUGGGCUACCCUGCCAGUGCCGGGCACACGACAUGGAAGCGGCGGAGGCUGCCCAGCCGGGUUCCCGCUUGCGGUGCUGCUGCUGCUCCCGCUGCCUCAGCGGAAGGGCCCCCUGCAGUGAGCCUGGAAUAGCCAAUAAAAAGACCUGUCCAGGACUCGGCCUGUUCUAUACAAUGCUGUCUGCUCUCUUCUUCUCAGUAGCUUCAUUGUUUCUAAAGAUAAUUGAAGAUGUUCAUUCAGUAGAAGCCAGUGCCUUUAGAUGUGUUUUCCAAAUGGUCUUUGUUCUUCCUGGUUUAAUAUACUACAAGACAGGAUUUCUGGGACCAAAAGGCAAACGAGUCAUUCUCUUCUUCCGAGGAUUAAUUGGCUCUGGUGCAAUGAUUCUUCUCUACUAUGCUUACCAGGUAAUGCCACUUGCUGAUGCCACGGUCAUUACUUUCAGCAGCCCAGUAUUCACAUCGCUACUGGCCUGGAUAUUUCUGAAGGAGAAAUACAGUCCUUGGGAUCUUCUUUUCACCCUGUUCACAAUCACUGGAGUGGUGCUGAUUGCAAGGCCACCUUUCUUGUUUGGGUCCAACAUUGCAGGUGUUGAAGGAAGCUACACAGAUCAUCUCAAAGGAACAAUAGCGGCUGUUGCAAGUGCAAUAUCUGCUGCUUCAACUUUUGUAAUCCUAAGAAAGAUGGGGAAAUCUGUGCACUAUUUUUUGUCCAUCUGGUAUUAUGCAGUAAUUGGAUUAAUAGUCUCUGUAAUAGCGCUUUUUGUAAUGGAUGUAUGGACUUUACCUCAUUGUGGCAAAGACAGAUUUCUCCUAAUAUUAAUCGGCCUGUUUGGGUUGGGUGGUCAGAUAUUUCUUACAAAAGCGUUGCAAAUUGAGAAAGCAGGUCCAGUUGCUAUAAUGAAAACUAUGGAUGUUGUAUUUGCUUUUAUCUUUCAAAUUCUUUUCCUCAAUCACUUGCCCACGUGGUGGACAGUAGGGGGAGCCCUUUGUGUAGUAGCUAGUAGCUCUGGAACUGUUAUUCGGAAAUGGAGAAAAAGUUCAAAAGAAGCUGAAGAAAAUGAAAUGUAACAAAGUGGCUUUUUUCUUUGCUGCUUUUUUGGAUGGUAUAAUUAUUACUUCCUAUAUUUUAAUAACUCAGAUUUCAUAGUAUGUUUAUAUUGACAGCC